CGAAACAAGAAAAGUGAAUGUGUGUGAAAUAUUUGUUUUUGUUAAUUAGUCGAUCGCCUAGUAAAGUUUAAGACAAAUGCAUAAUAAAACUAGAUUCAUAAGACAGAAUGAAUAGCCUUGGGUGGGCAUUACAAUUACAACAAAUAGCCACAAUUUGAUAUUACAACAAGCAGCCAGCCAUGGGGCGAUAUUCAGACUCAGACGAAGACAGAAAGAAAUACAAAAAGAAAAAGAAACAUAGAUCAAGGUCCCGUAGUCCUGCAGACAGUCUUUCAUCACAUUCAAGUAAACACAAACACAAAAAGUCCAAGAAAAAACACAAAAAGAGAUCUAGAUCUCGAAGUCGAUCCUAUGAUAAAUACAAAAGAUCCAGAUCUCGUAGUAGGAGUCGUUCAAGAGACAGAUCAAGAAGGUCAAGAAGUAGGGAUAGAUAUAGGUCAAGAUCAAGGUCAUAUGAAAGAAGACGAAGGUCAAGAAGUUAUGAAAGAAAGUCGAGGUCAAGGUCAUAUGACAGGAAGAGAAGGCGCUCGAGGUCUAGAAGUUAUGAAUCAAGGUCACGGUCUGGUUACUCUACGCCUAGCAAAGAGCAGAGAUCACGAAGGAGCUCAAGAAGUCCUACCUCUAAAGGCAGUAAGGCUAGAAGCAAAGAUGACGCAUCACCCAAAGAGUCAAUAGACCCAUUUGCAGAUGUCCCAGGGUUCGAUGAUCUACCAGCUAAACAGAAGAAUCAAUUGAGACUGCAGGCCGCUCUCAAAGCUGCAGCUGCAGCGGAUGACAAGUUAAAGAUUCAAGGUAGACUUAAACCAGAUUUGGGGCUAGAUGAAGAAGAGGAAAAGUUUAGGAAGAAUGCGAUUGAGUGUAUAGAGAAUGAAGGUUUCUUUCAACAACAAUUUUCAUCCAGUACAUGGGACCAGAAAGACACUAAAAAGAAAAAAAUCACUACGGAAUUUGAGAAGGAAAAUCAGCACAACAAAGCAAUGUUUGGUCUGGUCGGCCAGGUGAAGACUGAACGAGAUGAGAUAAAAAUUGAGCUUCCGAUAUCGGGAGAGAAACCAAAAAUAAUUUUAGCAGAUACUGAAAGAAUAUGCCACCCAAGAUUAUAUAACAGCAUGGAAGAAAGAUGGGACAAAUGGAAAUUGAAAUUAGCGGCAAUGCGACGACGUAAACUCGAAGGCGAGGCAAUGGCAUAACUAGUAAUGGCGAUAGGAUAGCAGAGCAAUUUUAGCGGGAAUUCAUCAUUUAUGAUAAAUGGUAAAAAUGGAGUUGGCUAAUGGCAGAAAGGACUGAACAUUGAAGGCCUGGCUCAUUGAUGAUCUAUUUGUUUGUGUAUAUCACUAUAUUCGUGAAAUAAAUGAUGAAACUAGAAAAAGAUGUCUCUAGUGUGUAUUUUAAAGGAGGAAAUAUUGUAAUUUUUGAACAUUGUAAAAACCUCAUUCUAUUACAUUGUGUAUAUUUCUCAAAACUCAUUACAAAAUUUUAAGUCCAGAAUGUUUAAAGCUUGUAUUCACAAUG